AUGGCUACAAGAGACAGAGAUAGAUUUCGCAAGUAUGAAUCAGGUGCAUCAAAAGCGAGGAAACGCAAUUUAAGAGAAGAAUUUGAUAAAACACAAGCAGGCGCGUUGGACAAGUACAUACGCUAUCCAAAGAAAGUUGGUAAACAACAAAAAAAUGUUGAUUUGGUUGUGGAUUCCAAUGUCGCAAAUGUGGAACGUAACAAAAAGGACUACAAUGAGAGUACUACCAUUUGUGGUGAUGACGGUAAUAAUGAAUCCUCGCGUCAUUUAUUGUCAGCUGCAAACCCCCCGAAUUUUGACAAUAGGGACAAAUCAAGCGGCCUUUCUGAAAAUGAUUCUGGCGAAGAUAAUUCAUUCCCAAUGAUCGUAAAGGAUAUAUACGAUCCGGGUAAUUGGGAACAUAUGUCUAAUGCCCUUCGGAGUUUGCUGUUGGAGAAAGGUCCGAUCAGAUUACCUGACGACCAUGAUUAUCCAAUAGAUAUGGAAAAGAGACACUUUUCAAGGAAUUUUUAUAUUCGGAAGAUGCCAAACAAAGAAUGUGUAGGUAGGCGAUGGUUGGUUUAUUCUCAAAUAAAAGAUGCAGCAUUUUGUUUUUGUUGCAAGCUGUAUGGAAAAUCUUCCGCGGGAAAAUUGUCAAACGGGGGUUGUAAUGACUGGAGACAUCUUGGACAAAAACUGGAAAAACAUGAGCUUUCUGCAGAACAUAUUAACAACAUGAAAGCAUGGCUAGAAUCACUAAAGCGGAUGUCCAGAAAUACAGGCAUAGACAGUAAGAUGCUAGAUCAAAUAAAUAAAGAAAAACGUCAUUGGCGGGCUGUCCUGACAAGAAUCCUGGCUGUCGUGCAGUAUCUUGCUGAAAAUAACAGUGCGUUUCGUGGAAAAACUGAAAAGCUCUACCAACCACAUAAUGGUAAAUUCUUAGGAUUGAUUGAGAUGCUUGCAAAAUUUGAUCCAACCAUCCAAGAGCACGUUCGUCGUAUUAAAGAUGGAGAAACACAUGAUCAUUACCUAGGACAUCAAAUCCAAAAUGAAUUCAUAGAAUUGAUGGCAUCUGAAGUGAAGAAGAUAAUUAUCGCUAAACUGAAAAUUGCAAAAUAUUUCUCAAUAAUACUUGAUUGCACUCCUGACGUCAGUCACAAAGAACAGCUAUCGCUGAUUGUGCGCUUUGUGGAUGCUUCAGAUUGUGACUUAAAAGUUGUGGAACAUUUCAUGGAAUUUUUUAUUGCUGAAAACACAACAGGCAAAGGAUUGUCAGAGUUACUGCUAGUUGCACUCGAGAAAUUAGGCUUGGAUAUUGAUGACUGUCGAGGACAGGGAUACGAUAAUGGGGCUAAUAUGAAAGGAAAACAACAAGGAGUGCAAGCCCAUAUUCUUCGCAAGAAUAGUCGCGCAUUUUUCACACCCUGCGGCUGCCAUAGUCUUAAUCUUGUGUUGGGAGAUAUGGCGAAGAUCAGCUCUAAAGCAGUGACAUUUUUUGGUGUUCUGCAAAGAAUCUAUGUGAUAUUUGCCGGUUCACCUGCAAGAUGGAAGAUUUUGGAAGAAGCUGUGCCUUACAUCACAGUAAAAUCACUGUCAGACACAAGAUGGGAAUGCCGUAUAGAGAGUGUAAAAGCUUUGCGCUACCAAAUAAGCGAAAUAAAGGAAGCCCUUUUCACUGUAUCAGAUGAGUCCAAGGACCCUAUGGUAAAAGCCGAAGCAGAAUCACUUGCUAAUUUUGAGGUAGGAAAUUUUGAAUUCAUCCUUGCUGUGAUCAUUUGGUAUGACAUCCUAUUCGCAGUUAAUACUGUGAGUAAAUCGCUACAAUCAGCCGAUAUGCAGCUUGAUGUAGCAAUACAGCAAAUUAAAGGACUCGUCACCUACUUGACAAAUUAUCGGGAAAAUGGUUUUAAUUCUGCCAUGAUUACUGCAAAAGAAAUUGCCAAAGCAAUGGAUGUGGAUCAAGUAUUUAAACAGAAAAGAAGCAGAAAAAGAAAAAGACAAUUUGAAUAUGAGAGUACAGAUGAAAGCACGUUAUCGGGUGAAGAUGAGUUUAGAACAGAGUAUUUCUUGUGUAUAAUGGAUCAAGCAAUUAUUGGCAUGAACACUAGAUUUGAACAGAUACGACAAUACGAUUCACUCUUUGGGUUUCUCUACAACAUAAACACAAUGAGAAAAUUAAAUAAUGAGGAUUUGUUAAAAAGUUGCAUGAAUCUUGAUAUAGCGUUGCGAUCGAUUAGACGUGCUUAA